AAUUCAUACGCAUGCAAGAAACCACACAAAAGAAACAACAUUAGCCUUCAUUAGCUUUAGCCGCCCUGCAGUAGCCACCAGCCUCCGCCCCUCUGUCAUUUUAUUUUCAUGUUUUUUUUUUUUUUACCGCGUCACAUCCCCUCUGGCUCGAGGAACGUAGAGACGGAGGGCUUUAAAAAUAGCAUCCUCUCCUCUGACAGCGCUGCUCCGGUGGCUCCGCAGCACUGUGGUGCCAGAAGCAGGAAUGCGAAGAUGGCUGCAGACCUCGGAGAGCUGCUGGUCCCGUUCAUGCCCACCGUCAGAGUGCCCAGAACGGGAGAUAGGGUUUUCAAGAGCGAGUGCGCCUUUUCCUUCGACUCUCCCGAGUCGGAGGGAGGCCUUUAUGUGUGUAUGAACACAUUCCUGGGCUUCGGACGAGAACAUGUGGAGAGACAUUAUCGCAAAACAGGCCAGAGCGUUUACAUGCAUCUCAAACGACAUGUCAAAGAGAAAGCCACAGGAGCAGCAGCAGGCGCCAUCCCCAGACGAAGAAAUGGAAAAGUGUUUCUAGGUAAGUUGGAGGCAGUGGUGGAGGAAUCACUCAGACCUUCACUUAGAGCACCAGUGUGUAGGAUUCAGGGGGAUUUAUUGGCAGUAGUGGAAUUUUAUACAACUAUGUUUUCACUAGUACUUCCACAAGUUCAUUCUGCCUUUCCCUGUGACGUCCAGGUGACCAUUGCCUGCGAUGCAGUGCUCAAUGCACCGUCAGCUUACAAGAAGCAGGAGCUUGAAUCCUGGGAGGAGGAGAUCCAGGUGUCCAAACAUGCCAGAAGUCUCAGACAGCUGGAUAAUGGGGUCAGGAUCCCACCCAGGGGCUGGAAGUGUCAGAAGUGCGAGAUGAGAGAGAACCUGUGGCUGAACCUGACAGAUGGAGCAGUGCUCUGUGGGAAGUGGUUCUUUGAUGGGAGCGGAGGCAACGGCCACGCACUGGAGCACUACAAAGAGACCAAAUACCCCCUGGCUGUCAAAAUGCACACCAUCACCCCAGACGGAGCAGAUGUCUACUCAUUUGAGGAGGAGGAAGCCGUGUUGGACCCUCACAUAUCAGAUCACUUGUCACACUUUGGAAUUGACAUGCUACAGAUGCAGAAAAAAACAGAGAACGGUCACCACACAGACAAUAACUCCCGGCCGCGGGUCAGUGAAUGGGAGGUGAUCCAGGAGUCGGGCAUGAAGCUGAAAGCGGUGUUUGGUUCUGGUUACACAGGCAUCAAAAACCUGGGCAACAGCUGCUACCUCGGCACAGUGAUUCAGGUCCUAUUCAGCAUCCCAGACUUCCAGAGGAUGUAUGUGGGUAACCUUCAGAAGAUAUUUGACUAUUCUCCCCUUGACCCCAGCCUGGACUUCGCCACUCAAAUGGCUAAACUGGGACACGGUCUGCUCUCAGGCCAGCACUCCAAACCACCCAUGAAAUCUGAGCUCAUUGAACAGGUGAUGAAAGAAGAAAACAAGCACCAGCAGAAAGGCGUCUCUCCUCGAAUGUUGAAGGCCCUGGUCAGCAGGGGACACCCAGAGUUCUCCUCCAGCAGACAGCAAGAUGCCCAAGAGUUCCUCCUGCACGUCAUCAACCUGGUGGAGAGGAAUAGCUCAGGCACAGAGAAUCCAAGCGACGUCUUCCGCUUCCUGGUGGAGGAGCGAGUUCAGUGCUGCCAGACACGCCGGGUUCGUUACUCUCAACGGGUGGACUACUGCAUCCAGCUGCCAGCUCCCUUUGAGGCGGCCACCAAUCGAGAGGAGCUGCUGGCAUACGAGACCAAGCGGAGGGACGCUGAGGAGAACAUGCGGGCUCCUCCAGAGCCGGUCAGAGCUCGGAUCCCCUUCACCGCCUGCCUGCAGGCCUUCACAGAGCCGGAUAACGUCCCCGACUUCUGGAGCUCAGCGCUGCAGGCCAAGUCAGCUGGAGUGAAAACUUCCCGUUUCGCCUCCUUCCCAGAGUAUCUGAUUUUGCAGAUCAAGAAAUUCACAUUCGGGUUUGACUGGGUGCCGAAGAAACUAGACUUGGCCAUUGAUGUUCCAGACUUUCUGGAUCUGAGCAGGCUGCGAGCUGCUGGGCUGCAGGCGAGUGAAGAGGAGCUGCCUGACCUCCUGCCUCCCAUCGUGCUAGCUGAAGACACCAGAGAUAACUCCAUGGGCUCCAUAGACUCUCCAGAAAUAGACGAGGCGGCGGUCAUGCAGCUGGCAGAGAUGGGCUUUCCGCUGGAGGCCUGUAGGAAGGCGGUCUACUACACAGGCAACAUGGGCCCAGAGAUGGCCUUCAACUGGAUCAUAGCCCACAUGGAGGAGCCUGACUUUGCAGAACCUCUCACUCUGCCCUCUGUGAUGGAUCCUGGUCCCUCCACCAGCGACAGCCCCAUGGGCACCACCCCGCUGGGCAACUCACCCCCUGAGGAGAGCAUCGCCAUCCUCACUUCAAUGGGCUUCCCCCGUGCUCACAGCAUCCAGGCACUCAAAGCCACGAACAAUAACCUCGAACGAGCACUCGACUGGAUCUUCACCCAUCCGGAGGAGGAGGAGAGCGACGCUCUCUCGGACAUGGCGGACACAGAGCCAAAUGACAACGCUUUCUCCAACGCCAACUCACACAGCGACUCCACGCUGUCUCCAGACAGAGACGCGUCGGGUCCGCGGGUCAAAGAUGGACCGGGACGUUAUGAGCUCUUUGCUUUCAUCAGUCACAUGGGAGCAUCCACAAUGUCUGGACAUUAUGUUUGUCACAUCAAAAAGGAGGGAAGGUGGGUGAUCUACAACGACCACAAAGUGUGUUUGUCAGAAAGGCCUCCAAAAGACUUGGGCUACAUCUACUUUUACCAUCGACUGUCUAGCAGUUAAAGUAAAGUUACUGCCCCUCCACCAUGCAACCUUUUAAAGAACCGCAGUCUUUCACGCCGAAGACUGGCAGACAACUUUACCAACAGCCGCACUGGAAACGAUGGAAAUAACCUUUCAGACCAGCUGCUCGCCUUAACGUGAUGUCAUUCAGGAGCAACCAGGAACCCUGGUCAGAAAGGGAAAGCAAUGUGCUUUUUGUGCGUUUGUGUUAUGUUCUGCUUUAAAUGUGUGUUUCAGUAUCUAUGUUUAAGAAAAGACAUUUUCUUGGCAGUGUAGGUGCAGAGGGAUGUGUGCAAUUUCCACUUCUGUAUUCAAAAUAAUGUCACAUAUCAAAUCUCAUUGUUCCUCCUCUAUGCCUUCUGCUUCUGUGCCAGUAUUGUCAAAGUGGUACAUUUUAUAAAUGUAUAUUGAAAUGGCUUCACUGCCGGCCCUGAAAUGCUCUGAAAUGGCAACAACAAACAAGAAGUUACUGCUGCUGGUGGCUUUCCAUUUUACUUUUAAAUACAAAAAACAGCACCAGAUGUUAACAAGACUGUAGUUAAAAAUACAGCAUUACUGGUUGAAUAAUGGCUCAGACCUGCUCCAGUUCUACCUGGAGACGACAUGCAAGUUUGUCCCUUUUUAACGAGAAGCCAUCUGAGGUAAACUGGCUGAGAGCUCAAGAUAGAAGUAUUUUCCUUCCCUGAAAGCACUUUUUGACUAAAACAAGUCAUAUUUUGCAGCUGAUGGAGUUUUUUUAUUCUCCAGCUGUAAGCAAUUGAAUGUGAUCUCUUGAAUUUCAACUUCAGAACUGCUGAACCUGUAAAUCCUCGAAGUGGCCAAUGGCAGGAUUGCAUAUAAUUGAUGUCUAAUACAAGCAAAGCUGUACUUAUUCAAGGAUCGUUAUCAAAUCAUAAGUGCAGUGAGCUUCUUUCCUUAAUUACGUUUGCCCAAAUAAGAUAUUUUCAUAGUAGGCAAAACUUUAACUCUCAGCUGCAGCUGGUCCAGUUCAGUUCCUUUAUCACUCUUGACAGAUUCAGACUGUGACCCAAAAGUUAAAAUAAAUGUUUUUUUCUUCACCUGUUGCCACUUUUUACAGGUCAGUUAAUCCAUUUAUGCAUCUGAACUGUUUCCACGUCUCAAGCAAUUUAUGCAACUACAACCAAAUCUCCUGAACCUACUGUAAGGUAAAAGCUGUUCGCUGACCGGUAUCUCUUGUGCUAACAGAUGUGGUGCAGUACUGAAUGUAUGACUUCGUGGUGCUCACAACAACCAAAGCCUCCUGCUCAGCUUUAAUACUCUGAAACCACAGUAGGACUGGCCCUUUGCAGUUUCGUCACUAUAAGUAACCUCAUGGAAAGAUUCAACGUAGACAUCAUGUGGCUGGUUGUCAGAUAGAAGUGAAUUUGCAGCCUCUGACUGAAUCUUGUUUUAUCUGUUGCAUCUCAAAGGGGCAGAGUAAUAUUACAAAGUGUUGGUAUUUUUUCAGUGGCACAAACACUCAAUUCAUGUUUGGUGACCUGGAAUUGGAAUUAAAGGGAAGUUCUGCUGAAAAUGCUUUUCGAACGUUAAAGCAUUCUGUGCCUUCUUAAAGGUAACGUGUGCCACCUUUUUAUGUGGAUGUCCAAUCAUUGCUGAUGGUGGUUGUAGCCCACUGAAGAAAUAUGUUCCCUAUUGCGUGCUAUAUUGACAGAGAAAGCUGUUAAACCGUAAAAUACAACUGUACACCUUCUGAAUUCCAGUUUCUCUCUCACAUCAAACUAAAACGGGCUUACCUGCCUGUAUAGCUCAUCGUAAAACGCACGUCAUUCAAAUUGGACAGAAAAAACCAAACACGUCUUGGUAAGUCUUUCCACUGUUUCAACAACCAGUUACUUUGGUUUGGUCGAAAUGGAUCCUUAAUUCACAGAGUAAGAUGUGAAAGUUAAAUGAAUGCAAAAAUUGGCUAAUUUUUCUUUUAAGAUUUCAAUUUUUGAGUAAUUUCUUCUUAUAUUCAAGAAGAGUAUAAUUCUUUGAUGAUAAACCGACAUUUCCCAAGAGGGUGGAAAGAAACAAAAGGAGACAUAUUUGAUAAAUAUCAGAAACUGGAAGAUAGUGAAGGAAUACGAAAAAUGUCUUUCAACGAUCUCAGGUUAUGCUUGUAAAUAGGAAUGUCUUUCCUUGAGGGUUAAUAUCUUUACAGACAAAAAAAACAUCACCGAAGCCUAGAGAUAGAUCAUUUUACAGAGUAAAUCCGUAUUUCAGCGGUGCUCCCCUUUAACAACACUGUCAUGAGCAGAACUUUGGUUUUAUUAUAUAUUGUCCUCUUAACUUCAUCAGAUACUUGAUCAGCUGCUGCAGUGCUCCUUGUCUAUGCAGCGGGGAAUUCUAUGCGAUCUCUCUAUGCAAGUCUUGUGUUUCUGCCGUUCUUCCUAAAAACAGUCAUUUUAUUCUUGUCGGAAACCAAACGUAUCCUGUCAAAACCUGGUCUGUAAUCAGCGUCUCUGUUCUUCAUCAUCAGUAGAUGGGUAACGUAGUUGUCCUCAGAUAUUCUGUGCAAUUAAUUUUAUUUCCCUGCAGCUUUUGUGACCCCCCCCCCCCACCCCCCACCACCACCACACACAUCUUCCUGACCGUGUUAUCGUUUUUUGUAUUUUGUCUUUUUGCUUCAGCUUUCCCUCCAGCUCGGUCUCUUCCAUUCUUUUAAAAUUAAAAGGGUUCAGUUUGUCACAAAAAGGCUUAUUCACUGUCAGCAUGUGCACUAGAUGUUGACAUUUAGUCAUUUGGAUUGUACAAGUGUACUUUUGUGAGUUGUAUUCUCUUUUUUCAUUUAACUAAAUGUCAAAAAAAAGGUUCUUCACUUGUUUUUACUCCGUUGCCUUUUUUUGCAAACAAGUUUGUGCCAAUUCUGUAGCUUUCAUUACAUAGAUUUCCUGAAGGGAUUAUUUUAAGUUGACUUUUGUAAUGUAUGCUUUUAUCCAAAUGCGGCUUAUGUGUACGUGAAUAGAGUCAUGCCCGUAUACUCACUGGCACUGUUUACUUACAAUGUUUGGAUAAUUUAAUAAACUACACCUUUGUUGAGACUUGGCCUCUUUAAGAAUAAACAAGAAGCUGCA